AUGAAUAUCCCGGACAUUGCAUACCAUGACGAUAAGGGAAACCCUCAGGAUCGAGAUGCCAUUCGAGAUUUCCUCCAAGCCGUUGAAUCAUUCGAUGAGGUAUUUGUAUCCCUUUGGAGGAAAGAUAUUAUGAAUAAGGAUUUCAGAAUUUCCUUCCAAGAUAUCUUGGCAGCAUACCGGAAUCACCGAAAUGCUAAGGGUGUUGUCAAAUCCCCAGGAAAUUCUAGCAGCAUCGCAUUCGCUGCUACUCUUAAUGAGCAUGAGCCCCAAGAAGGACAGAAUUCCGCUCAAGGCUCCCACAAUUCUCGAGAACCUCGCUCCAAUUGCGUCUGCGGAAGUUCUCGUCAUCAUUGGAAGAAUUGUUUCCAUAUCAACGCCUCUAAGAGGCCUCCUGGAUGGAAACCGUAUGAGGAUGCUGCAAAGCGAGUAGAACAAAACAUCAAGAAGCUCAAUGCUGAAAAGCAGAAGGAGCUCCGGAAAUUUAUGAAGGAUAAUGGUCAAGAGAAAACCGCCCAAUUGGCCCUUACCCAGGCGGAUGAUGUAUCCACUGAGACCCUCAUCUUUUUCACUGUGUCUCCAUUCGUAUUCAAAACCGCCUUGACUCACCCGUUGGCUGCCUGCUGGAUAAUUGAUUCAGGCGCCAACACUCAUAUCAGCAACCAACGAGACCGAUUCAUUACAUUUACCAAAGAGGAACGCGAAGUGGUCCUGGGAUCAGGCAAAGCAAUUGCCCAAGGACGAGGAACUGCAAAAAUUUGCGUUAACCAACCAGGUGGAGGAACUAUCUGGGUACACCUCAAGGAUGUGUGGAUUCCAAACCAACGUCAUCUCCGUAUCAGAAAUCAAGAAGAAUGGAUUCUUCUUCAAUAG